GUGAAUCACUUUUAUUUAUUUAUUUGCUUUGUUGUGGACUCCGAUAAUGAAUGGUUAGGCGGCAAUGGGAACAUGCCAUCUCUCUCCCCCAUCUCCUCUCUCUCUCUCUCAAUAAAAUUAAAAAUAAAAAAAAAGCCACAGAACGGCCAAAGAAGCUUCUUUUUCUGCAACAACAAAGCCAGCUCUUCUGGGUAGCCAGUGUCUCCUCCCUCCCUAUCACCCUCCUUCUGCUUCCUUGCUUGUUCAUAUAUAAUUCAAGCCUUCUCUGUGUUCAUUUUCUGAGAAGUUACCUAACUGUUGAAGCUGGUUUGAUGUCUACACCCUUAGAACAUGAUUACAUAGGCAUGUGUGAGGUUUCUUCAAUGGAGAGCUCCGAGAAGAUCUCAACUUCUUCUUCUUCCUCUGCUGCUUCCGCCGAGGAUGACAAGAACUCUGCUCUCAACCUCAAGGAGACAGAGCUGAGACUUGGGUUACCUGGUUCUGAGUCUCCAGAGAGGAAAUUUGCUCUUGGGGUUUCUCUGUUUGGCAAGGGCUUGGAGGAUAAGAGUACUAAUGGUAAUGGGUAUUCCCUUAAGCCUCUCAAGAGCCUCGUUUCAGGAGCUAAGAGGGGGUUUACUGAUGCCAUUGAUGGUUCAGGCAAAUGGGUUUUCUCUGUUAAUGGUGGAUCUGAGGUUGAUUUGGCCAAAGGAACUGGUUUGUUCUCCCCCAGAGGCGGGAAUGGAAUGAAGCCUCUCGGAGGUUUGGAGAAUAACAUUACCCAGAAGUCAUGCUUGCCGCCACCUUCCAUGAAGGAUGUGGUUGUUCCUCCCUCUCCAAAGACUGUUCAGGAGAAGAAGCCUCAGGCCUCUGCUGCAAAUGAGCAUGGAGGUGCUCCAGCUGCAAAGGCACAGGUGGUAGGAUGGCCACCAAUUCGAUCUUUCCGGAAGAACUCCAUGGCCUCAAAUUUGGGAAAAAAUGGUGAUGACUCAGAUGGAAAAUCAAGUUCAAAUUGUCUCUAUGUCAAGGUCAGCAUGGAUGGUGCUCCAUACCUCAGGAAGGUUGAUCUCAAAACCUACUGCAACUAUAAUGAACUCUCAUCAGCUCUUGAGAAGAUGUUCAGCUGCUUCACAAUUGGGCAGUGCAGCUCUCCCGGCCUUCCAGCACGAGAUGGGCUGAGUGAGAGUCACUUGAUGGAUCUUCUUCAUGGCUCUGAGUAUGUGCUUACAUAUGAAGACAAAGAUGGUGAUUGGAUGCUUGUUGGCGAUGUCCCCUGGGAGAUGUUCACUGACUCAUGUAAAAGAUUGAGGAUUAUGAAAGGUUCAGAGGCAAUUGGACUGGCUCCAAGGGCAAUGGAGAAGUGCAAGAACCGAAACUAGCAGAAAAAGCUUGGGGAAAGACGACAAGUAUUUAUCAUAUGGACAUGUAUGUACGUACGUAUCUCACGUUUGGUGUGUUUCAUGGACUGGAAAAUGUUCCUCAUAGGUAGUAGAUAUGAUUGGAGACACCCAGAUUAUUAAUGACUCUUUCUAUUGUUUGCUUUUCUGUUUGCUAAUUGCAAUGUAAAUGAAGGGCUUGCCACUUGCAAA